AUGGAUAUAGAUCCGACCUUGUACAGUCGUUUGAAAAAUUCUAAUCAGACACAUUUAUUAUCUUAUUGGGAUCAACUUGAUAAUGAACAACGAGCCAUACUUAUUCAAGAUAUUACUAAUAUUGAUCUUGAUCAUAUAACUGAAGCUUUUCAACAAAUUAAAGAUCAAUUAAUUGAAAAACCUAUUGAUAAUAAUUUAAUUGAACAUGAGAAUGAAGAAACAAUCGAUCAAAUUAUGGAACCUAUUCCUGAAGAUUUAACUGGUUCUGUUGAUAAAACAAGUAAAGAACAACUUGAAUAUUAUCGUCGACAAGGUUUAAAUGCUAUUGCAGAAGGCUCUGUAUGCAUAUUAUUACUUGCAGGAGGUCAAGGAACUCGUCUUGGUAUUAAUAAUCCCAAAGGAAUGUACGAUGUCGGUUUACCAUCAAAAAAAUCACUCUAUCAAAUACAAGCUGAGCGUAUUCGUCGACUUGAACAAUUAGCUAAUGAAGAAUGUAAUACAACAGAAGCAUCUAUUCCAUGGUUUAUUAUGACAAGUGAACAUACACGAACUUUAACAGAAAAUUAUUUUCUUCAACAUAAUUAUUUUGGUUUAAAAUCUAAAAAUAUUAUUCUUUUUGAACAACAUACAUUACCUGCAUUAGAUUUUCAUGGAAAAAUUUUACUUGAUGAAAAAUAUAAAUUAACUAAAGCAGCUGAUGGUAAUGGUGGUUUAUAUCGUGCAUUAAAAACUCGUCAUAUUUUAACAGAAAUGAAAAAACGUCAAAUAAAAUAUAUUCAUGUUUAUUGUGUCGAUAAUAUUCUUGUUCGUGUUGCUGAUCCUAUUUUUUUAGGAUUUUGUCUUGAUAAAAAAGCUGAUUGUGCAGCAAAAGUAGUUAGAAAAUCAUUUCCUGAUGAAGCUGUUGGUAUCAUAUGUAAAAUUCGAAAUCAUUUUCAAAUUGUUGAAUAUUCUGAAAUAUCUGAAACUGUAGCACAACGAAAAAAAAUCGAUGAUAGUGGAGAAUUAUUAUUUAAUACUGGAAAUAUAUGUAAUCAUUUUUUUACUUUUGAUUUUCUUCAAGAUAUUUGCCAAAAUCAUGAAAAUAAACUUCGUUAUCAUAUAGCAAAAAAGAAAAUUCCAUCUAUUGAUAAAGAUGGUAAACGUAUUGAUAAACCAAUUGAUAUUAAUGGAAUUAAAUUAGAAAAAUUUGUUUUCGAUAUAUUUCCUUAUGCUAAAAAUUUUUUUAUUUGGGAAGUACGUCGUGAAGAUGAAUUUUCACCAUUAAAAAAUUCUUCUGGAACAAAAGAUACAGCAGCUACAUGUCGAAGAGAUUUAAUGUUGCAACAUGUCCGUUGGCUUCAAGCAGCUGGUGCUAUUUUACCAUUGAAUACAGCAAAGCAAAUUAUUUUAUCGGAUAAAUUUCAUGAUCAUGAAAAUAAUUCCAAUGUUGUCUAUGUUGAAAUUUCACCAUUAAUAUCCUAUGCUGGAGAAAAUCUUGAAUUUACAAAAGAUCAAAAACUCAAAUUACCAUUGAUGAUUGAACUGAAAUAA